CUGAGAGCACACGCGGCUGCCGAGAGUUGGGACGAAUUCCCUCCGGCUCCCAUCAGCAGCACCCAGGGAAGCGGCACCUGCCCCGGCGGCGAGGCGGAGGCGCCGCGCUGAAGCAGAUGCCCAAGCCCUUCCCAGUGCUGGAGGAGAAGGCAGAGCCGUGGCCGGCGGCACAGCACCCAGCACCCAUCCUGCCGCCAGAGCUGGCCCAGGAGCCGCAGCUCUGCCGGGCCCUGUUUAACUACGUGCCGGAACUGCCGGACGAGCUGCCGCUGCGGCGGGGAGAUGUCAUCCAGGUCCUCAGCAAGACAGGGGCCGAGGGCUGGUGGGACGGGCAGUGCCAGCACCGCAGAGGGCUCUUCCCCAGCAACUUCGUGGAACUGCUGCCGGUGCCCACAUUGAAGCUGGCGAUGUCACCCCAGGACACGGAGUCUGGUGAGUCUGGCCACGAUGGCCAUCCAGUCCGGGGGGCUUCGGUGUCCCGCCAGGAUGGCCAGGCAGCCCCACGGCCAGCGCCUGGCCAGCUCCUGUGCCCCCCAGCAGCCCGUAACCCAGCCAAGGAGGAGGCGGGCGAGGAGCGGGAGCAGCCAGAGCUCCCAGCACCGGCGAGGAUGGAGCCGGCCAAGCUGCCCCCCAGCAAGAGGAUGGCUCCCGCCCCCCCUGUCCCUGCCAAGGCCAAGCUGGCCCCCGUGCUUGUGGGCAAGCCCAGCAGCCCCCAGCCCGGAGCCUCGGCUGAUGCAGAGCGGGGCAGAGCCGGUGACCCAGAUGCCGAUGGCUUCAACGUGGUGCCGGUCACCACGGCCAAGCUGAGCCACCCCACCGCCACACGCCCCCGGGUACCCGGCCAGCGGCCACCCAGGCUCUCCCUGGGGAGCGGGGGGGGUCCCUGCAGGGGGGAGCAGCCCCGGGGGCCACCUCACGCCAGGCUCUGGGCCCCUCUCCCCACGGCGGGGCAGGUGCCCGGCCCACCAUGGAGUGUGGAGGUGCCGGCGGCACCGUGGCCGGAGGAGAGGCUGGCCCUGGAGGACCUGAAGGCUGAAGUCCGCUCCCUGCACAUCCUCGUGGACCUGAUGCGAGUCCAGCACCUGCGGGACCUGGAGGACAUGCGGCUGGAGAUGUGCCAGGAGCGGGCCAAGCGCCAGGCGCUGCAGGCAGAGAUUGAGCGGGUGAGGAAGGUGCUGCCCUGCUAGCACGGCCGGGGGCUGCAGUGCCCACCCCCUGUGCUCCCGGGGAUGCAGGGCACACGGGGGUACAUGGCGCUGCGGGCGCUGUGCCAUGUGGCCCCCAGCCCCACUGCCCCCAGCCCCAUUCUGCACUGAUCAGGCACGAGAGCCCCCCUGCACCCAGACGCUGCUGUGCAACAGCCCCCGGGGGUACAGAGAUGGUUUAAAUAAACUGGUUUGGAUACAGA